CAACUACUGCACACAUACACAAGAAAGCUAAAGAGAGAAAGAAAAGAGAAUUCAAGAUAGAGUAUUCCUUAUCAAGCAGAGAUGGCAAUUGAUUUGAAGCAAGUUAUGGCAGCAUUUUUAACUUUCUCAAUGUUUGUUAUGCUUGGCAAUAUGAUAAAAAAGGACCAUAUAGAUCCUCUCUGGGAAUCACUUCCCCAAGCUCCGCUCGUUAAGCCUGGCAAUGUACAGAAAAUUUCAAAACCGACCGUUUUCCAAUUGUCGGAAGCCAAAUACGGUCCUUGGCAGGAACAAGACGAACCUGUUCAAACCUGUUGGAAAAAGCCUACUCUCAAGGGAAAACAUCAGUCGGAUGGCUACAUCUUCUUCUCAUUGACCGAUGGACCAGAAUACCAUGCGGCGCAGGUGGCAAAUGCCGUUUUGGUCGCAAGGAAGCUCGGGGCAACUCUUGCUCUUCCCGACAUAGCUAUAGAUAAGUCAGGCAAGAAGAGGAGUUUUUAUGAGGUCUACAACUUGGACAAGUUUCUGGUGAGCCUUAGUGGUGUGGUUCGGGUCGAAAAAAACCCACCCGCCAAGCUGCUGAAAGGGCGGCUGCCUAUCGUCCAUGUUCCGAACCAAGUCUCGGAGGAAUUUAUUUCUUCAAAAAUCAAACCCGUUUACUUAAGCAAGAGGAACUUGAGGAUUGUCACAUUGUUCAACUCGUCUGCCAAAAUCAAAGGGUCAGGGGAUCAGCAGUCGAACGCUUACCAGUGUUUGGCGAUGUUCGAGAGCCUAAGGCUUCAGCCAUGGCUUCAGGAGCUGGCUGAUUCGAUGCUCGGGACUUUGAGGAGCCUCAGCACGAAAAUUGGCGGCAAAUUUUUGGCUGUCGAUUUUCAAGUUGCUUGUGACCAGAAAAAUUGCCCUAGCGCACGAGAAAUUGGUAUGUUUCUUGCGAAAAUCGGGUUUCAUCCCAACACGACCGUGUACUUGACUCAGUCCGGGUGGCACAACAAUCUCAAUGCUCUGCAGAGCAUUUUUCCCAACACUUUUGUGAAGGAUGCAAUAAUGCCGGCUGAUGAGAAGGCGACGUUUUGGGACAUGAGGAGUCGAGGUCUUGAAAGAUACAUUGACUUGUAUAUGUGUGCGAAAGGAGAUGUUUUUGUCCCAAGUUUGCCGAACGGAAGAUUCUAUGAAAGUGUUGUGGGGCAAAGAAUUGGGCUCGGGAAGACCCAAAUCUUCGUCCCGUCAAAGAACGCUUCUAUAUCGGCUGCCGACAGUAUUUCGAUGUAUGUUGCUAAGAAGAGCCACUUAGCGUAUUCAUGCUUGUGUUAAGAGGUCGAGAACUGAAUGGAAACUAUAUAUAGUAUUGUGUAUUUAGCUUUUGUGUUGGUGGGUUUUGAGAAUCCUUAAGUAUGAAUAUUUAGGUUGUUAAGCUAUUGAUAUGAUCGUGGAGAAGCUAGUUUCUGGUUUUUACUUUCAAUUCCAAAUGUGAUUUGAUUUCAUAGCAUGCCAUGACGUGUGUCCCAAAUAUUAAUUAUCCAACUUCUUAGGAGAAAACGUUUCCCACAAUUUAAUAAACUAGUCGCC